CCAGAUAAGCUAACGUUAGCUAGCUAACACGGGAGUUAGUUAAUGAUGACACCUUUAUUUAUCAAAGAAAACGACUGUCGCCAUACCGUUUUUUUCACUCGGUGCUGCCCUGUGUCUUUGGGUAAAAGCAGCAGAGACGACAGCGGCGAUUUUUAUCGAAAUAGCCAGGGAUUUGCCGUUAACUGUUAACCUUAGCUAGCUAGUUAGUUAGCUAGCUAGCUAGGUUUGCUAACGUCAAGCAGCCAGCUAAUGAUAUCAAACCAACAGACGUAACGCGACAGACAUCGAUAGUAACAUUACCUUGUAAACAGAUAGCUUCAGUUUCCAUUACGAUUGUUUGGUGCGAAAAUGGAAAACGAUCAGGAAGAUUUAAUGGAGCAGGAAGAACACGACGGCAGCGACAACCCCCCAUCGUCCCUCAAAGCCCCGUCGCGCUCCACUCGACUGAACAUCCAGAGAAGUAAUGUAUGCUCUCGGGCUUAUUUUGUGGUGAUCAUGGUGUUCUUUCAUGUGUAUAUCCUGAAUGUUAUUGGCCUGCUUCUGUACGUGCACUACAACAACGGCCCCGGGGAUCUUGUCAGUGGAGAUGGGGCCAGCUCAGCAUCAGUCGGCAAAAGCGAAACCCCUUUGCCCCAUCCUACCCCAGCUGCAGGAGACCUACCGUUACACGUAGAGGAGGACUAUACUCAAAGUUUCAGUCUUCCUCGCAUUGAGGGGAUACGGGUGGGUCACGUUCAGCAGGUGUCCCUUGUGCCAGACAGAACACAUGAGAUGAGGACAAUCAGCCUGAAACCUCUGCUAUUUGAGAUCCCUGGCUUCCUGUCAGAGGAGGAGGGUCGUGUGGUGGUGCAGCUGGCUCAGCUCAAGGGUCUGAUGGAGAGCCAGACGACAGCGCCAAGCCAGGGACAAGUGGAGUCAAACCAGCCACUACUUACUUUCAGCACAGAAGAGGUCUUCAGUCUGUUGGACCUAAACCAGGAUGGGUUGCUGCAGAAACAGGAGAUUGUGAGUCACUCGCACUCUCGAGAUGGAACUUGGUUGAACCCAGACAACUUACGUCAGAUACUCACGGGUCUGGAAGUCUGCCCAACGGGGAUGCUGACCUUGGAGGACUUUAGGCGUGUUUAUGAUGUGUCCCAGCGCCCAGGACAACAGCGAAGCGGGAAGCUCCGGAGUCAGUUCAAACAGAGAAACAAACAUACGUGGCUUUACCAAGGCCCGGGAUCCCACCAAGUGCUGCAGACACUCAGGACCAGACUAAUCACUCUGACACGUCUGCCUUCCACAUUGGUUGAGCUGAGUGAGCCACUGCAGGUGAUUCGCUAUGAUCACGGAGAUUUCAGUAAUGCCCACCAUGAUAGCAGCCCUUCUCAUUCAGAGACUACCUGCGCGCACACACGACUGGCGGGAAACACAUCAGCUCUCACAGAGGUCUCUUGCAGGUAUCUUACCAUGUCAUUCUACCUCAGCUCUGUAGAGGAAGGUGGUGAGACCACCUUUCCUGUGGCAGACAACCGUACCUAUGAAGAGCAGGCACUGAUACAGGUUGGAGUUGAUUUGACGGACACCCGGGAGACAUGUGACAGAGGGAACAUGAGAAUAAAACCUACUGCUGGGACAGCUCUGCUCUGGUACAACCAUCUGUCUGAUGGUAGAGGUUGGAUGGGUGAGCUGGAUGAGUAUUCCCUCCACGGUGACUGCCCAGUCAGGCGUGGGGUGAAGUGGAUGGCCAACAGCUGGGUAAAUGUGGACCCAGAUCACCAGCAGCAGGCCCGCUACCAGAGACUAGUUGCUCAAAAGCAUCGAGCUAAGUCGGGCAUGGAGGAGCAUUACCAACCUCUUUCACACAGUGACCUCCAUCAGGAUCUAUAGCCCAGGCUUUUUCAAUGACAAGACAAAGCUCCAUGAUUUUCCAAGUUUUGCAUCUAUGAGGCCAGUGAGACCUGACAGACGUUUCUGUAAUGUCAGAUGCUAUAGUCAAAAGGAAAAUUGCACAAAAUAGCAUACCAGAUAUCUUCUCCUUUUCAGUAAAUCUGUCUUGCUUUAUAUUAUGUCUCUCAAGCCACUGCUUGGAUAUCCACAUUUCGUCAAUUUCGUCAAAAAGGUUUAGUGAAUUUUAAUAUAGAUUUUGAUAUAAAAAUGUGGGUUUGUCACACUUCAUUUCUAAUACAUAAACAAAUACAUACGAAUUACACUUUUUCAUAUUGACUGGAAUCCUCUAUAAAAUAUCACUUAUGUACAAUAACGGAUACAUAUUGAUACUGUGAUAUGGGCUGGAAAAGAUGCAGUCAUGUUUAAGAGUUAGGCCUGCUUACCUGCCUUUCAUUUAAGUUCACUAGGCAGCUGCCCUGUUGCAGGUCAGUGUUAUUUGUUGUUAUAGAAUUAAAGCCUUUUGUUACAAGCCAUAUCAAAAUAUUAAUCUGUGAAUGUGUUCCUGAGGAAAAUCUUUGUAACAUAAUUUAUGUCUGUUCUGUUCUUCAUUUUUCUAGACUUUCUAGAGUUGUUACCAUGAACUGUUAUUUAAUAAGGCUUUGCCACAUCUACUGCAAAUGCAGGACUGUUCUUGACUGGACAAAAUGGUCGCUGGUUGGAAAAACUGACUGCUUUCUUAUCCGCACAACUCAAAACUAUUUAAUUGUCAGAGUAUUUAUUUGAGUGUUGCUAUUUAUUAUUAAUAAUUAUAUAAAUAAUGCAUAUUUAUUACAGCUUGAUGUUGCACUGAAUCUUUCACUGUAUUUUAAUGUAUUUGUUCUAUGUUAAGAAACAUAAAAAGCAAUGUUUUACUUG